GCCCCCUUCCCGGCUCCCCGCCUUCCCCAGCGGCCGGCGGGGGCCGUGCGCGACCGGCUAGCGAGCGGCGGGGACUGCUCCCGGCGCACUCACUUCCGCGUCCCGCCGCCGCCAUCGGACAAUGGGCCGCCCGCCCCGGCUCUCGUGAACUUCCUGCAGCUGCCCGGGCCUCUCGUACUGCCCGCACCGCCCCGGGAUCGCAGCCCGCGCGGGAGGAAAGCCGCGGGAACUCCGGCCGCCCCGGGACGCGCCUGCGCCUCCUCCGCGGCCGGCCGGCCCCAGCCGCUGACUUGCUGGCGGUUUCCGAAGUUGGUUGCCUGAGGUGGAUGUGAUUUCGUUUUUCUUUAGCCUAUUUUAUGAUUUAAAAAAAGAGAGAGAGUCUCUGAGUGGGCUGGGAACUGCUGAGCGCCACGAGCCGCCCCCACGUGGACGACCCUGAGGGGCUGGAGAAGUUGCGAACAAAUUUGGUCCCCGCUGGCUUGGAGACCUCAACUUCCGCCGGACUCAAAGUCCCCGGGGUCAUGACCCCCACACCUGGCAGGUGCGGUUGUUUACCUGUCCUGCUCAGGACUUGAAUCCUUGCCCUGCCCUCCAGUGUCUCUACUCCGCCACGCACUCAGCACUGGGCACCUGGGCGGGACCAGGACGCCUGCCGGCAGCAUGGAUAAGUACGAUGAUCUGGGCCUGGAGGCCAGCAAAUUCAUCGAGGACCUGAACAUGUACGAGGCCUCCAGGGACGGGCUCUUCCGCGUGGACAAGGGUGCCAGCAACAACCCUGAAUUUGAGGAGACUCGCAGGGUAUUUGCCACCAAGAUGGCCAAAAUCCACCUGCAGCAGCAGCAGCAGCUCUUGCAGGAGGAGGCCAUGGCCAGGGGCAGCAGAGGCCCUGUCAAUGGCCCACAGGCCCACCAUGAAGCUGCUGGGGCCGGCAGGCUACUGAGGGAGGCUGCCGCCCGGCCCCCUCUGGCUGCCCCCACAGUGGCAGCCACCUCGAUGCAGCCCUCGUACACUGCCCCAGAGCAGAGGGCCCGGCCCUGUGUCCAGAGCGCCAAGCCGGGCAGCCAGGAUUGUGGCUCCAGGGAAGGCCCUGCCAGUUCGGAAAGGUCUGCCCUGCAGCGGCCCGGCAUCUGCGAGGACCCUUCGUGCCUCACUCACGGUGACUAUUAUGACAAUGUGUCCCUUGCAGGCACACAGUGGGGUGAUGCACCCCCAGUGGCCAACAGCACCGGCCUGGGUGUAGGUGGCACGUGGCCUGGCCCCUCAGCGAGUGACCCGCCAUUGCCCAGGCCCUGCGGGGACCGCCGCCUGUACCAGCUACAGCCCUCUCUCAGCCCGAGCAGGUCUCCUGAGCAUGCUCUUGGUGGCCAGGAUGCUGGCAUUGGCAACCGCAGAGCUGAGAAGCCCACAGGCCUUUGGGCCACGGCCUCCUCCCAGCGGCUGAGCCCUGCUCUGUCUUCUCCAGGCUUGGAGAAUGGGGUCCUAGGCUUGGGGCCCAUGCAACCCAGGACCCCGUCCUCUGUCUCAGCAUCCCAGGCCCUAGGCUGCUCUGGUUCGGGGGCGCUUCCCAGAACAGAUUCACGGCUGGGGAGUGAGGUCUCGGGCGUGACAUGCAAACCCGCUGUGGAUCCUCAGCCCUGGUUCCAGGAGGGGCCCAAGUCUUACCUGUCCAGUUCUGCCCCAUCUUCUUCAUUGUCAGCAACAGCCAGCAAGGACAGCUCCCAGCCGGGCACUGUCACAUCAGGCUGUGCAGAUUUCAGCUCAGCUCCCAAGCUCAACCCUGCCAGCCUCAUCCAACCUGCGAUGUCCACUCCGCCUGAACUGCCCCCCAAGGAGAGUCCCCUUGGGUGGUCCUCUGAAGGUAGCGUGGGUCCUGAGCUCCCGGAGAGCUCCUCCCGGGUGAGGCUGCCCUGCCAGACCCUAGCGCCAGGCCCAGAGCUAGGCCCUUCGGCCGCUGAGUUAAAAUUGGAAGCCCUCACCCAGCGCCUGGAGCGAGAGAUGGAUGCCCACCCGAAGGCCGAUUAUUUUGGAGCAUGUGUGAAGUGCAGCAAAGGGGUGUUUGGGGCUGGACAGGCCUGCCAGGCCAUGGGGAACCUCUAUCAUGACGCGUGCUUCACCUGUGCGGCCUGCAGCCGGAAGCUGCGAGGAAAAGCUUUCUAUUUUGUCAACGGCAAAGUGUUCUGCGAGGAAGACUUCCUGUACUCGGGUUUCCAGCAGUCUGCCGACAGGUGCUUCCUGUGCGGCCACCUGAUCAUGGACAUGAUCCUGCAGGCCUUGGGGAAGUCCUACCACCCGGGCUGUUUCCGCUGUGUCGUCUGCAAUGAGUGUCUGGACGGGGUGCCCUUCACGGUGGACUCCGAGAACAAGAUCUACUGUGUCCGCGAUUACCACAAGGUGCUGGCCCCCAAGUGUGCAGCCUGUGGACUCCCCAUCCUCCCUCCCGAGGGCUCAGAUGAGACCAUCCGUGUUGUGUCCAUGGACAGAGAUUACCAUGUGGAGUGCUACCACUGCGAGGACUGCGGAGUGGAGCUAAAUGAUGAAGAUGGCCACCGCUGCUACCCGCUGCAGGACCACCUGUUCUGUCACUCCUGCCACAUCAAGCGGCUGGAGCCGGGCCCCUCGCCCGCGGCCCUCCACCAACACCACUUCUAGCCAGAGCCCCUUGCACACCCCAUGGCGGGCAGCGGGGAGGGGGUGCUGGCCAGAGCUGUGUGGGAAGGCACCUGCCUGUGACUUCCAGUGCUCCUGGUGGACAAUUUGGGUAGAAGAGGAAGGGGGCUAGGCCGGCAAGUCGUGCAUGUGUGUGUGUGUGCGUGUGUGUGAU